AUGGUGGCCCAACUGUUAGGGCUGGCCUUUCUGUUUCUACCUACCAGUCUGGUCACUUUGACAACAUAUGCGGUGGAGAUUAAUCAGAACUGGGAGGUGGUGUACCGGGACACCAGUGUGUAUGGAGUGGUGGGCAAAGCGGUGAUCCUCGAGUGCGGUCCCACCUUACCUGACAUGUACAUAUGGAGCUUCACCAAGCCUGGUACUGAAGCUAUAAAAGCUGUGGUCUAUGAUUUGGGCAAAGGGACGAAGAUCCAGAAGCUGGCCGAGAGCCUCGGACAGCUGACGGUGAUCUCAAACAGCGCAGCUGUGAGCAUCGAGAACCUGCCUCUGGCUGCACACGGCCUGUUCACCUGCCAGGCCUUCUAUGACAUAGAACAGGAGCCCAAAGUGUACUACUACUACGUGCACCUGACUGUCAGAGUUCAUACAGGGGUUAUUGUCUUUGUAAAAACAUCAACAUGUGUGACUUUGGUCCUGACUGCAGUUCCUGUCAGUAAACCUUACCUCCUGAUGAGUGAUGCAUCCCCAGUGGAAGGAUCUACCAUGUGGAUGCGUUGCAAUCUGGAAAACGGAACUGGACCAAUCCAUUACGUGUGGAAACAUGAAACCCGCAACGGAAACAUCACGGUUUUCGCACAGGGCAACACCAGCCUUAUUAACGUGACCGACGUCAACCGCAACCACACCGGCUGGUACCGCUGCGUGGCCAGCAACGCCGUCAACAGCGAGAGCUCCAGCCGGCUGUGGCUGGACACCAUCUUUGGCCCAGACAUUCCUCAGAUAGAUGUGACUCCAUACAGUUUGACGGAGAGGGGAUAUUCAGCCUUGGAGAGAGAGACUGUUUCUUUACUAUGUCAAGCCCAGUCCAACCCAGCCAGUCAAUACGUCUGGUUCUACAACAACUCCCAGGUCUACACCGGGCCACAGUUCACCAUCACCAAGAUCCUACGCAUGCACACUGGCGACUAUGCCUGCUUGGCGCAGAACACCUACCUCAACACCCGCUCCAAAAAAACCAUCAGCCUGACUGUCUACUACCCACCUGAUGGCUCACCCUCCUGUUCUAUGGAGCCGGCUCUGAAUCACACUUCUCUCAGAUUGCUCUGCUCCUGGCCCGGUGGAUUCCCCUCCCCCUCCCUCCAGUGGACCGGAGACCUGCAGCAAGUGGGAUACGACGAAGAUGACACAGGGCAGCAAACAAAUCCAUCAACCAACACUGCCAUCUUGCUGUCGACCGAAGGCUUGACUUCCAACAACAGCUUGUUUACAUGCACAGGCUCACACCUGGCACUCAAACAGCCGACAGCAUGCAGCGCACGCACAUAUAUUCCCCCUGCAGAGCCAGUGUGUUUUGCCUUCGUGACAAACAACAAAGAAUAUCUGAUGCUCUCCUGCUCCUGGGAUGGUGGGGCCCCAAAGGCCUUGGUGUGGUGGGAGGGCCCGGGUGGCCAUGGCAAAAGUGGGGAAGAAAAUUCUAACAUAUUGAUCCUACGCUAUGGCACAGCUCAGGACGGGAAACCCUACACCUGCCAUGCUAAGCAUCCCCUUCUGGUCCAGACCAAGACCUGCAGGCUUACACUGGAGGCUCCUGUACUGCAGACGCAGCGCAGAGUUGUGGCUGUGUAUGAGGGAAGUGAUGUUCAGCUCACCUGCAACCUGAGAGCCAACUACCUUCCUGUCAAUGAAAUCACCUGGUUUAACAAUCAGGGUGUGGACGUCCAAGACACUUUUAAGUACACACUGUUGCGAACAUCUGCGUGGGCCAAUCUGACAGUUAGAGACACACGAGAGGCUCAAGACAGCGGCGAGUACAGGUGCUCCACUUCCAACGCAGUGGGAGGAACUGAAAUCACUGUCACUUUAGUGGUCAAGAGGCACCCCAUGCCACCCAAUGCAACUCUGGUCAAAGUGAUGUACACCAGCCGGCAGCGUAAUGAGGUGGAGCUGGAGUGGCAGAUAGAGAAUGAACAAGAAAGAGGUUUGACAGGCUUCAUCCUGGAGUACAUGUGGGUGUCAGAGCGACCGGGAAGGAGAGCCAGCAUCAAUGUUUCAAAGGAGGAGACGGAGGAGAGGAUCAGUCCACCAGUUUGGUACAGUAGCAUCAUCCAGGACCCAGACACAAGGAGUCAUACAGUAGGAAGACUGACACCGACUGUUACCUAUAAGUUUCGCAUCACACCAGUCAACUACCGCACCCUCGGACACCCUUCUGCAGAAAAGACUCCAGCGGAACCUCGCUACAACAUGUACCCUGCUGUGAUCGGAGCAGCUAUAGGUGGGAUGCUGUUUGCAGCCAUUGUCACGGCGCUGCUGCUUGUGUUCAUAAUUCGCAACCGCAACAACAACCCUCGACUACAUGACAUGCUGUUUGGUUUGCAGCACAGUCAGUCGAGGGAAAACAUCAACUUUCCUGAAGAUGAAGUGGUGGGCGGCUCAGAGGGAGGAAUAGAGGAUACAGGUGGAUCAGCCAGUCCAGGCAAGAUAGAGUCACUUCAAACUCAAUUCAUUCAAACUUAAAGCUGGAUUGUCUGUGUAGAUUCUCAGUCAUCCAGGUCAUCUUGCAUAGAGGAGCUCAAGUUGGGCAACUGGGCUUCAAUUUAAAAGACUUUUCAUCUCUCAUCCGACUAUCUAUCUAUCUUCGAUUAACUGGACAGAACUGAUUUAAUACCUGGG